UGAUGAAGUGUUGUGGUGAUGUUGAAUUAGAUGGACAAGGCAUCCAUAAUCAAAGAUGCAAUUGACUACAUCCAAGAAUUGCAUGAGCAAGAGAGGAGGAUCCAAGCUGAUUUAAUACAGCUUGAAUCUGGAAAAUUGAAGAAAAAUGCAGUUUUUGACUUGGAUCAAGAGAUUCCAACCUUGUCAAGACUCAAGAAAAAGGGAAUUGAUCAUAGUUAUGAUUCAAGGAGAUCAACCACUUCUUCCAUUGAAGAUCUUGAAAUCAAGGAUAAAACUGGUGAGCAAAUAGGUGAAACUGAAGUGAUGCAUGGUAUUCCUGCAAUCUUUUGACAUCUUCUGUUAUCCGUGUUGCUUAUCCCGUGCUGUUUUUUUGGUAGAGAAACAGCUCAGACUGGUGGGACUCUAGGAACACAAAACAAUAUGGGACUGGAGUUGUUGAUGAAUGUGUUUGGUGUGGACUCGGAGCUGGUGGCUUAAAUCUUCCAAAUACACCUGAUGUGCCUCCAGAAGAGCUUUAUGCUACUCAACUGUCACAACUUCAAGAAAUGGGUUUCUUUGAUACCCAAGAGAAUAUUAGGGCACUACGUGCCACCUCAAGAAAUGUUCAUGCUACUGUGGAGCGACUUUUAGGGAACCCUAGCACGUAGUCAGUACACCUAUUUUGAAAUUUAAUCAAAGAUUCAGUUGGUCAUGUAAAAGUUAUCGAUUUGGACUAGUGUCUCAUAAAAGACAAGAUGUGUUGGCACUUUCAAUUCCAUUUUGGGCUGUGUGAAUAAGAAAGUACACACUUCCAUGGUAAGAGGUGAACUUGGUGGACAAA